UAUUAUUUUUUAUGGCAUUAAAUUGUCAGCCUCACAGCAGUAAAUAACAUUCAUAUUUCUUUAUUCUCCGUCAUGCCUCUAUGACCUUCUUUUCUUGCAAUGUAUAGUUUUACUUUUCUUCUUCUUUCUUUCUGGAUGGUCUAAUUUCCAUUAUAAUCUGUAAGGCUUUGCAACAUAUCUAUUCAUCACCUUGCAUUUUUUUGUUUCUGUUUUCAUAUAACUACAUUAUCAUGGUUUCAACGUUGGAUAGUACAAUAUUUACUUGAAUGGAUAUGCAUUAAUUUGUCAUUUAUGCGCUAUUUCUUCAUCUUCACUGCAAUGUUCUGUUUAGGGUUCAGUCAUAUAUACCCAUGCCUGUGCUUUUAAUCCUGAAAUCUGUUUGUUUACAGAUUGAAGAGACUUUCAGUUUAACCUUUUAGUUUUGCCCUUUUUGUGAAAUGAACUAGGAAUUUAACCGACCCUCUCUUUGAUUUAUUCGGGCGCAAAGCUUAUAACUCAACAUGUCAGCUCCACAUGUUGACAAUGUCUCUACGAUUCCUAAAGCCGCAGAUGAUUUAUGGCCACUUGUACAAGAAAAUAACAGCAGCCUGGUGCUGGAACCAAGCAUGUUUCACUGCCAAGAGGGCAGAAAUAUUGAAAAAGAAUUGCUGGAAAACGAAAAUGUUCAUCAGAAAGAUGACCAAGAUUAUAAUUUUUCAACUUCUAUUCAAGUCGUACUCGAUCAAUGGUCGUUUCCCCGAGUAAGCAGCAGCUCAUCACUACCUAUCAUGGCUGGCGAUGAGUUGGAUUCGUUAUUGGUUGUUCAGCAAGAAAAUUCUGCACUACCCGACCAUAACAUUGAUAAGGUAUUACAAAAGGAAUUACAGGAUGGUCCCAGCAGUGAAAAUGGUUUGUUAUCUCCUGUCUAUGCUUCAGAUUAUGCCUGUUCACUUCUACCUUUUAACAGCACAUCACUAUCUAUUGAAGAUAAUGUAAGAACCGAUGAGCUUGAUUCAAGCAGGUUUGUUUUAGAACCAUUGGAGCCAAAUAUGGAGGAGGGAUAUAAUCCCAUUGAUAAUAGCUUGUCUGCACCACUUGAGGAUUCAAAUGAACUAGAUCUGCUUCUACAAAAAUGCAGCACUCCACUUCCUAGUAUGGACGAAAAAACAAGGGAUGAUAAGACAGAUUUAAGCUUGGUCCCGGAAAAGGAAUGUUCAGCAGUAGCUGAACCUAGAAGUGGCGAAGUAUUGGUGGCCAAACGAUUCAGCGCCAAGAAUACAAGGAGAAACAAUUAUAGGCUCAAGGUCUUGCAAACUGGCAACAAGGAGGUUCAAGCUGAUGAAGGAGAAGGAUCAACUGUGAAGAAACAAGAACAUAACGCGAAGGAGAGGAUACGGAGGAUGAAGCUGCAUGCGUCCUACUUGGCACUCGGAGCAUUGAUUCCUGAUUCUAGUAGAUCAAAGAAAAGGAAGAGUGCGCCGCUUAUAAUUGACAGAUCUGUUGAAUACAUUCCAGAGCUCGAGGAAGAAAUAGAGAAGCUAACUCUCAGGAAGAAUGAUAUGUUAUCAACAAUUAAACAUAAGCAACCUCUCAACCAAAACCCACACUUAAAACCUGAUCAAGAUCCGUCAGUUUCAGUGCAUGAAAUCAGACAAGGUGAAGUUAUCACACAAAUAUACUCUCAGAUACAUCCAGAUGAUGCUUUCUCAAACCUACUACAGAAGGUAGAAGAAGAAGGCAUGUGCAUUAUGAGUGCCUCAACGCUUCAAGUCUCUGAUGAUGGAGUUUGCUACCAUUUACAUAUACAGCAAGGGGAGGCGAGUUCAGGUGGAGCAAACCAUCUUGCAAGUUUAAGAGAAAAGGUAAUUUCAUGGUUGCGCUAAUUCCUUAAGUUUCCAUCAUGAAGAAAACCUUCACAAGGGCUGUCCUUAACAUCUUUUUUCCACUAAUAGAUAGAAGGUUAAAAAUAUAAUGUACUUUUUUUGUGAUAACAAUGCUAUAUAUCUAGUUAGUGCCUCCCAAUAAUUGAUUAACAAGCGUUGGUGUCAAUGCUCAAGCACCAUUUUAGCUUAAUUAAUGCAUAGAA